UGCGCAUGCGCGUGUAGUUCAUAAAUCGCGCUUGCUAUACUGCACUCCGCGUACGUUACUUAAGUGAGUGAUUUGCUCUCUCAUGCGAGACUCGAAUUGCUUUAUAACAGCAACAAUACUAAUAAUAAACAUAUGCAAAACAUGUACAAAUAUAUUAAAUAAAAACGAAUGACCUUAAGUAACUUUGGUGCGAGUUCCUGGUUGCCGGGCGUAGUUAAACGAAGUUAGCUACAUAUAUAGUUAUCAGCUGGCUUUUUCGUUAGACUGGUAAGCUAACAGGAUAGCGUUAGCUACGAAGACGAACCGUGGAUGUGAACUUUAUUUUUUAUUGUUUUUUUUUUUUUUGAAGUUUUUAUUUCUUGGUUGACAUCACAAUCGCCAUGGCGGAGGCACCCUUUUUCGGGGGAGGUUUAAAUGCAGUUUCCUUCAGUUCUCGGGUGAAAAAAGUGACGAGCCUUCGGAAAAAAGGGCGACAGAAUCAGCCGAGACGGAACAUCCACAACCGGGUGUUUCUGGAGAAGGUCCUGGGCAUCACCACAUCUAGCAGUAGUGGCUUGGCCUGUGACCCAAACAGUGGAUUGGUGGCUUAUCCAGCUGGGUGUGUUGUGGUCAUCCUGCACCCGAGGAAAAACAAACAGAGCCACAUAUUGAACACUUCCAGAAAAACCUUCACUGCUUUGGCAUUCUCUCAGGAUGGAAAAUACUUGGUCACUGGUGAGAGCGGUCACAUGCCAUGUGUACGAGUAUGGGAUGUGGCUGACAGAACCCAGGUAGCUGAAGAACAGUGCCAUAAGUAUGGGGUUGCCUGUGUGGCCUUCUCGACCAGUGGGAGCUACAUUGUAUCGGUGGGAUACCAGCAUGACAUGACGGUCAGCGUGUGGGAGUGGAAGAAGGGGACUGUUAUUGCUUCAAAUAAAGUGUCCAGCAGAGUUGUUUCCGUGUCAUUCUCUGAGGAUAACAGCUACUUCGUCACUGCGGGGAACAGACACGUCAAGUUCUGGUAUCUGGAUGCCUCCAAGGAGAGGCGGGUGAAUAGCACAGUGCCUCUGAUUGGUCGGUCAGGUUUACUUGGGGAACAGAGGAAUAGCAUGUUCUGUGGUUUGGCAUGUGGAUGGGGUGACAUGGCUGGCUACACUUACUGCAUCACAAACACUGGCCUUUUGUGCCAGUUCAACAGCAGGAGGCUCCUGGAUGCUUGGGUCGACCUGAAGACCUCCUCAGCGCGAUGUCUGUAUGUAAGCGAGCACUAUGUCUUCUGCGGCUGUGCGGAUGGAACCGUCCGCGUCUUCAAACCUCAGAACCUGCAGUACAUCACGACGCUCCCGCGCCCUCACUGCCUCGGGGUGGACAUCACAAAGGGAGUGCACUCGGGACACUUAUUUUCCAGCAGUCCAGAUGCAGAGUACCCAGAUACCCUUGCUCUGACCUUUGACCCAGUGACAAGCUACCUGACCUGCGUAUACAAUGACCACAGCGUUUACGUGUGGGAUGUCCGUGAUGUCAGGAAUGUGGGGAAGGUCUACUCUGCACUUUAUCACAGUGGCUGUGUUUGGAGUGUGGAGACCUACCCUUGUGUGGUGGAGCAGUCUCCAUCCUGGUUGAGCCCUGGUUCCUUCCUCACCUGUUCCUCUGACACUACCAUUCGGCUGUGGCACGUUGAUCCCCAGCAGAACAUAGGCCCAGACUCCAACUAUGGUCGGAACCUCUAUAGCAAUGAUCUUAUGAAGAUUGUGUACCUGGGGAAGGACAUGCAACAUCUGCAGCAAGAAUGCGAGCGGGGAGAGGGUGCAGGCUCCGAGGCAAAGUCUGGUAUCCGUGUCCUGAGGAUCAGUCCUGAUGGGCAGCACAUGGCAGCUGGAGAUCGCCAUGGCAACCUGCGUAUUUUUGGACUGCAGUCUCUAGAUGAGCUGUUGAAGAUUGAAGCCCAUGACUCGGAGGUUCUGUGCCUGGAGUUCUCGCCGACUGAGACCGGCCUGCGCCUGCUGGCAUCAGCGAGCCGAGACCGUCUCAUCCACGUGUUCAACAUGGAGAAGGGCUACAGCCUGGAGCAAACUGUGUAUGACCACUCAGCUUCCAUCACCGCCAUUAAGUUCACAGGUGAGGCUUCAGAUGUGCACAUGGUGAGCUGUGGGGCUGAUAAGAGCAUCUACUUCCGCACAGCGGAGAAGUCCACGGAGGGCCUGACGUUUUCCCGCUCCCACCACGUGGUGGAGAAGGCCACGCUGUACGACAUGGACCUGGACGCCACACACAGUCAUGCAGCCAUUGCCUGUCAGGACCGUAACAUCAGGGUGUAUGAUGUUAAAAGUGGCAAGCUGAAGAAGUGCUUUAAGGGAUCCUUAAGUGACGACGGUACGCUCCUUAAGGUCCAAAUGGACCCAUCUGGUUUGUUCCUGGCCACCAGCUGCUCAGAUAAAAACAUCUGCAUCUUUGACUAUGAAACUGGCGAAUGCGUGGCUGCCCUGUUUGGGCACUCUGAAAUUGUGACAGAACUGAAAUUUACCCCGGAUUGCCGGCACCUCAUCACUGUGUCUGGGGACAGCUGUGUGUUUGUAUGGAGACUGGAUACUUCUAUGACCCAUGCCAUGCGAAACAAGCUGGCAGAGCUGAGGUUGCAAGCCGGACUCCGUGGGCCAGCCUUCACCAAGUGCCCCCCCAUCAGGAAGGAGACUUAUAUCAGUAUACCUAGAAUCAUGCUGCCAGAAAUGGGAGAGGAGGAGCAGGUUGUGGAGGAGGAGGAAGAGGAGGAAGAUGGGAAGAGUGAAGAAGAACACGAGGACCCCCCCAAGACGCCUGCCCGGGAGGACUCCCUGCAGGAUGCUCUGGAUCCCAUGUUCCUGCAGACCAACGGCAAACUGCCCAUGUGGGCCAGAAGACUGGGAGCAGCUGGCUCCUCUGGAACAGACCCUGUUGGUGCCGCGGAGGUUGGCCCCUACCAGCCGCGGGGGCGCUGGGCGGAGCAAUCUGACCCCCAGGCCAUUCGUUCAGUCUUGGAGAGUCGUAGUCUACAGCUGCCCCUCUCGCCCAGUCCCAGACAGCCUGAGAAGGAUGUGGAAAAGGAGCCAGAAGAGGAUUCCUGCUUUCACCCGCAAAGUCUGGACAGCCUGCUGGAGCAGGAAGAUGAGGAAGAAGAAUCCGAAGUGGAGGAAGGCGAGCUGCCGGACAGUGAGCUCCUACCGGACCACCAGAGGCCAACCUUCCUGCCGUUGUCGGGCAGUGAAGAGCUCUUCGCGCCAGGGCUGGGCUCACCGGAGGCGCAGGACUACAUCCUGUACCCUGCCAACAGCACCACCCUCUCUGCUGGCGGGGAAGGGGAGUUUGACGUGAGGGAGCAGUGUGAGGCCAUGCCUGAGCGUCGCCGUGGAGCCUGGGGCGGCGAGGAGCUCAGUCCUGACAGUGCCUGCUGCGUGGGCUCUGCUGAGAGCCAAGCCUCCAGCCAGGACCCCCCCCAGGAUGACUCCCUCAGUCAAGUGAGCUCCACAGGCAGCUCUGGGGUGGAAGAGGAGGACGAGGACCCAGGGGUGCUGUUGAGGCACCAUUUUGACACUCUGGCUGACAGCCUCGCUGCGAAUGCUCUUCUCCCUUCCCUGUUUCCUUCAGAGAAGUUUGAUACAGACCUCAGGAAAUUACAGCCACCCACAGAGAGCAUCUUCCUAAAUCCGCGACUCAGCAUCUCCACACGUUUCCUGUCCCGCUUCCAGGGUCGUGCAAAUAAACUUGGAAUUUGCCUCCCGCUUCGGCCUGCGGGGCUACCUGCCCUGUCUGUCCCUGUGAUCACAGAGGAGCCCUCUGGCAAACUGACUGGUGCCCCUGAGGUGACGUCAAAGCUCUUUUCUGAUGAGGCUGUAUCAGAAUCUGUCACUCCACAAGAGGAAGGUGGAGAAGUGGUGAAAGUGGUCAAGUCUCGUUCACUGGUGAGAAGUUCCUCGGUCUUGGCUCGGCGGAACCAGAGGCCUGUACAGGGUCGCAAGACCAUAGCAACCUACCAGUGGCAGGGCAUUCUGGGAGAUGUGUCAAACAGGAUCCAGCUAGAAGAGUCCACCCCUCAGAUUUCUGUCCAGAGCAGUGCAGAAGCCAGCCUCCAAAAACAGGCCCUCUCUGGGCCCAGCAAGUUCUGCGCACCAACACGGCCAGCUGUCCGGCCUGGUCGCCAGAGCUACAUGUGCACCACUGCCAGCUCACGUGCAAAGAUGUCUUCUGAGAACCUUAAUGUCACACCAACAGAUGAGCAGCCCUCCAAGACCCCGCCUGGUCUGAAGGGUUCCUUCCCCCAGGACCUCAAUGUUCACCAGGAGUGUAAGGAGAAUCGGCCUCAUCCACUGACAAAUCGCCCCACUGGACCCACAGCCAAACCCCCCAGCACAUCUGGCAGCCAGCCCCCACUGCCACCAGGCAACCACAGCGCCAGGGCAGCCCUGCACCUUGACCUGGCUGGGCCAGAGCGCACUACAGGCCUCAAACUGCGGAGACGCUCUGCAGACGUUACCCGCCUCCUCACCCUGACCACACCCACAGAAAUGAUGUCCCUGGGUGCAGAGGGGAAGAGUUACAUCAGCAACAUUGAACAUAGUCUGGUGUCUCAGGGCAUCUCCCGAGGAAGGAGCCUGUCCGCCUUGGGCAGUUCCAUGAUGCCUGAGAGUGGCACUGCCCCUGUGGACCAGGUUCCUGCUGUCCCCCCUGUGAGGGGCACUGAAGGGAAGCAUCCCCCAUCUGUGUCACAAGAGCUGCCCUGCAGGCCCGGGUCUCCUGGUCCUCUCAGGGACAAGAUGGCAUCCUUUCCGUCACCGUCAGAAGAUGUCAUAAUUGAUCCAGUGAGCAUACAGACUUGUAAGGAGAUCGUGAGUGAUCUGCAGCAAUCAAUGAAAAGAGCACUUUCCUUAUACAGCAAGCUCUGCUCUGUGGAAGAUGGCACAGAGCAGCAGCUACACAUGAGGUCUAUCCUGACGGAUGCCUUUGCGGCGGUCCAGAGUGAGCUGGACUCCGUGCAGGGACAGCGCCCCCCACCAAAGGCUAUCUGCCCAUCAGCAGAGGAGUCUCCUGGUCGACAGCUCAAGGACGACCGCACUGUGGCUCUAUUGGAGAAGUACUCUGAGAUGCUGCUGAGGAUCGCAGAGAAGAAGAUGGACUGUAACUGAGAAUGUCGGCACUGUUUGUGACACCUGAGUUACCUGUGAGAGACUCAACCCCAUGAUCAUUAAAGAUGCUCAGUAUUAGUGUUGGGAGAGUGCAAUCAUGUGCUGAGUUUGCCUGAUUUAACCCAGUGGGAAAUGGGCUAAAUCUGCUGGACAGUGCACAGUAAUUCCUCCUUCCGUUGGUCUGGGAGAAGCUCUUCCUCCCUCCAUGAUUACAUAGUACAGUAUGUAAAGGCUGUGCUGGACUUUGACAGCCUUGGGUCUCUGUCACCAAUUUGCUCCCUGAUUGACAAACCAUAAACUGAUAUAUUCACACCUAGACAGCAAUAUACGGACAGACAGCAAAUCCAGUGCUCGCAUCCCUUUUUGAAAGUGUUAACUUUUUUAUUGCAUGGUUUAUUUCAUCUGUAUUUUUUUAAACGUAUUCAUACAUGCAUUACCAUGCAAUAGUCAGCAUCCCCCACUAAUGCAUGGUGUAUGAUUUUAGAUGGUAUUCUGAAUGAAACCAGCACCUGAAAUUCUUAGUGUAUCUAGUCACAUACACUGAGGUUUUAAUGGCAGUCAUGAAAUGCUUUUUCUUUUAAGAGUAAUGAAUGCGUGGAGUGGUACAUCUCUGUUAACUACAGCCUUGUGGUUUACAUCACUCACCAGUGUUCUGUUGCAAGCAGUCAAGCACGGUGUUCUGUCUGAAUUCAGGUUGUGAAGCUGGAUGCUACAGGCGUGUAAUCUGAAUCUGCUCUGUUCAGUGUAGCUUUAUGUAGUUGCAAGGUGUUCAGCAAAACUUUCCUUAUUUGCACUAGACAGUUUUUUGCACUUGAUGGUUGUCUUUUGAGUUGUUUUUGUAAUCACGGAUAUACAGAUGUGCAGUGUUUUUGCUUUUUUGUGUGAAUAUUUUUCAUAUUCAUUUGUAAAUAUUUUAUGCUUUGCAGUACCCAUCACAAUUGUGUCUCUGCCUUUUUUUUAGUAAAGUAAAACGUGUUUUAUUAAAAUAUUUUAUGUGGCACAAUA